CAACCCAUCAAUCAAUCCUCACCACUCCCCUCCCUUUCCUCUUCACAUUGAAUCCCAACCAAAACCACCAAACCCAGCAUCUACAAUGGUCAAAGACAAAUCCACCGUCAUCGACGAAUUCAACACCCUCGUAAACAUGACCCCCAACGACCUCCGCACAUGGCUAAAAGACACCCAAUCGGAGUCCUCCGGCUGGACCAACGAAUCCUCCACCGAGACAAUCGGUCAUGAAAGCGGACGUAAAAUCGUCUCCAUCCUAGAACACAACCCUUCAAGAGACCCAUCGAGCUACACAGACCACGACAUCGAUCAUAUGCGUCGGGUAGUAGCGUACUGUAAACGGCAUUUGGCGCAGGAGGAGACGGCGAAACAGGAUCCGGAUAGUAGGAGUUAUCGGUCGUUGAAGAAUUGGGGGCAUGAUGCGUUGAAGGAGUAGAUAUAUUCUUUUGAUGGGUUUGGUGGUGGUGGUGGUUCAUAGUAUUUGAUAAUGGGAUCCCAAGGUGGUUGGGUUGUGGUUUGUGAUGUGUGGUUGGUGUUGUUGUUGUUCUAAGCAUCUCAUGACUUACUAUAAAGUCGAUUAAAAAUUGUAGCUAUGCGGUAGUCAGUGUUUUUAUGUCAACACUUAUUUGUCAGGAAAGGGG